AUGACAAGAGCGACAAAAAUGUCUUCAUCUAAUUUUUCAUAUAGUGGUCCAUCAGCUUCUCUCUCUCGUAUUCCAUAUAAAAAAUUGGAUCCAAAACGACGACAAACAAUCAAAUCGUUUAAAAAAGGUGUAAAGUUGCAACUUCAAAUUAUGAUUCAAAAGCAUUAUAAACAAUGGAAAAAAGCUUCAGGAAUUUUUGAUUUGUCAAGAAAAGAUUUACGCCGAAAAGCAAUGGAGUCCAUUUUCGAACCUUUUGAAUUAUUGGUAGACAACACUUUGUAUGGUAGAAAUUUCCAAAAGAAAAAUGAUGGAUUGAUUGGAGGGGUGAAAAAUAUAAUUAUCUCAUACACAAAAUAUAAUGAACAAAAAGAAGCAGAGAAGCAAAGAAUCAGUAAUAUGGAAGAUAUGAUUGAAAAGUUUCUGAUUUUCCACGAUCAAAUGAUAAUAGAUACUGUUAUAUAA